AUGUCCUCUUCAAUUUCUUCAAGAGUGCGCACUAAAACCAGCAACCGUCGAACCCACGAAAGCAAGAAACAAGAAACUGGUGAGUCUUCUCGUCCAAGCUUCUGUGAGAUAUGCAUGGACGGCAAGACAAAGCAAGAGAUGUUCACAAACAAUCAAUGCAGCCACUCAUUUUGUAAGGAUUGUAUGGCAAACUAUGUUGCAUCAAAAAUCCAAGAAAAUAUAUCAAUGAUCAGGUGCCCUGACAUAAAUUGUAAAGGGGUUUUAGAGCCACAAAAUUGCCGCUCACUUGUUCCAAAACAAGUGUUUGACAGAUGGGAAGCAGCUCUUUCAGAAUCAUUUAUUCUGGGAUUACAAAAUUUCUACUGCCCUUUGAAGGAUUGUUCGGUAAGGCUGGUGGACGAUGGAAGAGAAGUGGUGAGAGAAUCAUUGUGUCCGUAUUGUCACAGGCCGUUCUGUGCUCAAUGUAAGGUUUCAUGGCACGAAAGAAUGGGGUGUCGAGAGUUUCAGAAACAACGAAAAGGUAAAAGAAAGAGAGAAGAUGCUGAAAGAAAGAGUGAAGAUGUAAUAUUGAAGAAUCUUGCCUAUAAAAUGAAGUGGAAAAGAUGUCCCAAUUGCAAGUUUUAUGUGGAGAAAGUUGAGGGUGUUGCUUCGAGUUUUGCUAUAAGUGUGGAGGAUCUUGGUCGUCUACUCAUCGAUGUCCAAGAAUUUGAUUACUCUGGACAAUCUUUGUAG